ACGUCUUUUGGGUCUUCCCCUCCCCGCGCAACAUGGCGUCUGGAUUAGAGCAACCUGAAGUUCCUGGUUUCUCUUUUCCAGGCGACUUGCAAGAGUUACAAGACCUCCUAGAGGAGGCGGGGAUCUCGAACAAAUCCAUCCACAACCUGCCUUCAAAAUGGUUUCUGUCUGCAUCGAAAGUAACCCAAAAGCAAUUUCUCGCUUUUCAUAUAGUCUACCCUGAGAUGUUACCGCCAGAGAAGCUGGUCAAAGAUCAUCUACAUCUCUACGAUCUCGACCUGUCCUGGGAGGCUGCAAAAGUCAUACUGGGGGGCUUCGAUGACUUUGGAAAGUAUCUCGACCUACUCGAGAAUAGGAUUUCAAUCAAUGGCAUCUCCAGGAAUCACCCCCUUUUCCCUCCCUCCCUCAAAACAAUGAAAGAUCUGCACGAACUUUGCAUGCAAGGACAGGAUUCCACUGAGAGAGCCGCACCCACAGUGGCAAAGACCUCGGGAAGAAAGAGUACUAGGCUCGCUAUGAAGGAUCUAUUGUCUGGGGCUACAGGUCGUCGUGAGGACCCAGCUAUCCCCCUGGGUGACUAUCCCGAUGAGAAAGGGGAGGUCGAACGUGAAGCCACAGUCAACUCCGCCCUUGUUGUAUUUCUCAGGGAAUUUUCUUCCGUCGUUCAUAACCGAGAGACUGAAUCUGUGUUUGAUCCGCUGGUCGAGAAGGCCACGUUUUCCAACGGCAAUCACUUUACUGCAAUCACAGACGGCGUUCUGCGGAGACUUGACGACAAGCAAAUCCUAGCAAUUUUGGAAGUGAAGAAGCGGGACAGGGAAAAGAACAAAGAAUUGAUUCUCAUGCAGGAAGCGGCCGAGAUAACUUGUUGGGUUAAGAACUCGUACCAGAAGACCUCUUUCUUAAACGGCCAUCCACUCCUAAUUUCUCAAGAUCGAGAAGAGCUCUUUGUGUCUUUCGCGUUUUGUGACGACGAGUACAUCGACUACCUUCGGACGGCUUCCGUGGAAAACCCUGCCAGGAGAUAUGCGACCAUACAAACGUAUGGUCCGUUUAAGAUCACUUUGAGGACAGAGAUGCUGUGGUUUGCGACUUUAGUGGUCACUAUCACCCUAGCAGCGCAGAAUCGGAUACCAUCGACAAUCUAAGUCCUUCAGUAAUAUUACUGAAGGCUGGACGAGUCACGGAUUUAUCUAUGCUCACCAUCCGUUCUCUGAUGAUUAUUGCGACUGCUUUGGUGUAAUAACAUACAAUGGUCAGUAAAAUAGAUGAGAAGUGCUGCUCGUGUACUUUAG